AUGCCUGCUGGUGGAGUUGAUAAGAUAUUUCUGCUGGAAGUUGCUGUUGUGCUUGUCAGUACCAUGUGUCGUUUGUCCCAAGAGUCAGUAAUAGAGCGGUACGUGUUCUGCCGUGAAAUACGUUACCCCAAACUGCUUUCACUCAACCAAAGGCUCGGUGUUCCGUCCAAGAUCGUCGAUUUUGACGAAACUGUUAUGAAUAAAUGCAAAUAUGGUCGUGGAAGACCAUCCGAAACUGUUUGGGUUUCCGGUAUGUAUGACCGUUUCGAAGCGAAGGGAUAUUUCGGAAAGGUAGACAACCGAUCGGCAAGCUCCCUUUUGCCGAUAAUCCAACGAUGGAUUAUGCCAAGAUCCAUGAGUUACUCCGAUGAGUGGGCCGCCUACAUAACACUGUCGUCCUUGAGAAACACUCAAUUGACGGUGAAUCAUUCUCGAGGAUUCAUCAACCAAGCGACACAAAACAUCGUGGAGGGAUAA